GCCACAACCCAAAAUUCACUUCUCCACUUCAGAGCUGAAGUUGAAGACUGACAGUGACAGUUUCGUGAACAUUAUGGCGGCACCUCUAACUGACCAGGAGAAACGCAAACAGAUCAGUAUCCGGGGAAUAGUCGGCGUUGAGAACGUCGCGGAGUUGAAGAAAGGUUUUAACCGACAUCUCCACUUUACAUUGGUCAAAGACAGAAACGUAGCAACGCCACGAGAUUAUUACUUCGCCCUUGCGCACACAGUUCGAGAUCACCUGGUGGGUAGAUGGAUCAGAACGCAACAGUUCUACUAUGAAACCGACCCCAAGCGGGUGUACUACCUCUCCCUGGAGUUCUACAUGGGCAGAACGCUUCAGAACACCAUGAUCAACCUGGGACUGCAGAAUGCCUGCGAUGAGGCCAUCUACCAGCUGGGUUUGGACAUGGAGGAUCUGGAAGAGAUGGAGGAGGAUGCUGGACUGGGUAACGGAGGCUUGGGCCGGCUGGCAGCGUGUUUCCUGGACUCCAUGGCUACCCUUGGUCUGGCGGCGUACGGUUACGGCAUCCGUUACGAGUAUGGGAUCUUCAAUCAGAAGAUCAAGGAAGGUUGGCAGGUGGAGGAAGCAGACGACUGGCUGCGUCAUGGUAACCCCUGGGAGAAGGCCCGCCCGGAGUUCAUGCUGCCAGUACACUUCUAUGGCAGAGUGGAUGAGUCUAAAGAUGGGUCCAAGUGGGUGGAUACACAGGUGGUGCUGGCCAUGCCAUAUGACACGCCCAUCCCCGGGUAUAUGAACAACACGGUGAACACCAUGAGGCUGUGGUCUGCACGCGCUCCCAACGACUUCAACCUGAAGGACUUCAAUGUUGGAGAUUAUAUCCAAGCUGUCCUGGACAGGAAUCUGGCAGAGAAUAUUUCUCGUGUGCUCUACCCCAACGAUAAUUUCUUUGAGGGGAAGGAGCUGCGUCUAAAGCAGGAGUACUUUGUUGUGGCGGCCACCCUGCAGGACAUCAUCCGACGCUUCAAGACCUCGAAGAGGGCCUCCACUGGCCGUGUUUCCUUUGAAAACUUCCCAGAGAAAGUGGCCAUCCAAUUGAACGACACUCAUCCUGCCAUGGCCAUUCCAGAGCUCAUGAGGAUCUUCGUGGACAUAGAGAAACUUCACUGGGACACGGCAUGGUCCAUCACCAAACGGACCUUUGCAUACACCAACCACACGGUGCUACCUGAGGCUCUGGAACGUUGGCCUGUGGAGCUUCUGGAGACCCUGCUGCCCAGACAUCUGCAGAUCAUCUACAGAAUCAACCAGGUCCACCUGGAUGAGAUUGCAGCUCUGUUCCCAGGGGACCUGGAUCGGUUACGUAGAAUGUCCCUGGUCGAGGAGGACGGAGGAAAGCGGAUCAACAUGGCCCACCUGUGCAUUGUAGGAUCCCAUGCUGUCAAUGGAGUUGCUGAGAUACACUCCAACAUCAUCAAAACAGAAGUGUUCCGAGACUUCCAUGAAUUAGAACCCAAGAAGUUCCAGAACAAGACCAAUGGGAUCACUCCUAGACGCUGGCUCCUCCUUUGUAAUCCGGGUUUGGCUGAGCUCAUCGCUGAGGCCAUCGGUGAGGAAUAUGUGAAAGACCUCAGUCAGUUAAAGAAGCUCAACAAGCUGGUGGAUGAUGAUGCUUUCAUUAGAGAUGUCUGUAAAGUCAAGCAGGAUAACAAGGAGAAGUUUUCCCAGUACCUGGAGAACGAGUACAAGGUGAAGAUCAACCCGUCCUCCAUGUUUGAUGUCCACGUCAAGAGGAUUCAUGAGUACAAGCGGCAGCUGCUCAACUGCCUCCACGUCAUCACCAUGUACAACCGCAUCAAGAAGAACCCAAACGCACCCUUUGUUCCUCGGACGGUGAUCAUUGGCGGCAAGGCUGCCCCAGGGUACCACAUGGCCAAGAUGAUCAUCAAACUGAUCACGACCGUGGGAGAGGUGGUCAACAAUGACCCAGUGGUGGGCAGCAAGCUGAAGGUCAUCUACCUGGAGAACUACAGGGUCAGUCUGGCUGAGAAAGUGAUCCCAGCCACCGACCUGUCCGAGCAGAUCUCCACCGCCGGGACUGAGGCCUCUGGAACGGGAAACAUGAAGUUCAUGCUGAACGGGGCGCUCACCAUCGGCACCAUGGACGGGGCCAACGUGGAGAUGGCCGAGGAGGCCGGCAUGGAGAACAUGUUCAUCUUUGGAAUGAGGGUGGAGGAUGUGGCGGCAAUGGACGUGGAGGGCUAUGAUGCCAUGGCGUAUUACAAGAGGAUCCCAGAACUGAAGCUGGCCAUUGAUCAUAUCAAGAGUGGAUACUUCUGCCCUAAGACUCCAGAGCUCUUCAAAGAUAUCACCAACAUGCUCUUCAACCAUGACCGCUUCAAGGUGUUUGCAGACUAUGAAGCCUACAUAAAGAGCCAGGAGGAAGUCAGCCGUCUUUACCAGAACCCAAAGGAGUGGACCAAGAUGGUGAUUAAGAACAUCGCGGCGUCCGGGAAGUUCUCUAGUGACCGCACCAUCACGGACUAUGCCAAGGAGGUUUGGGGGGUGGAGCCUACCGACCUGAAGAUCCCGCCCCCCAAUGAGCCACGUGAGGCCCUGCAGGAGACUGCCAGGACGCUGAAGAAGUGAGGCGGCCUGGUGAAGUUCAAGUGGUCCCUGGGUGCUGAUUUGGAGUCAGUUUUGCAUUGUCCCAAAUGAUGGUUUAGAUUGGGUAACCAUAGAAAAACCCAACUCCUACUGGUGUUAUUAAAAAAAAAAGAAACUGGGAUUCGCCACUUUCUUUGUAAACCGCUGAGGAUUGGGGCUGAAGGGAGGUACCUAUUCCCCCACACAGCUGUGAACCCAAAACCAUUGGGGAUGUUUUGGAACCAGUUGAAUAAACCUAACAAGGUUAGACUUCCUUCCUAGCUUAACCACCGCUAUGUUUGUAAAGAGCUUGACACAAAAGUCUGUUACAUACCUUUAGCAUUAACAAGCAUCUAUUUUCCCAAGGAUUUCUGAGUCAACCUUAAAGGAAUUGCAAUGUUGUCUUAACCCUUUGCAAAUGCCAGCUCUCAUACUCCAAUGUAUUGGAUCAAGGAUUAAAUCUUUUUCAUGUUCA